AUGGCGCCCGUUCAGGACUUCCUGCGUCCUUACAAGGAAGACGAGAAGUUCGAAUCCCUCACACGGCAGUCGUCAACUUACACCCCUCUCUACUCCUACCGCCUUCCCCGCGGCGAGACCAAACAGUAUCUUCAACAGUAUGGCGACAUGUAUUUCUUGCGACUGGCCAAACUCAAGCCUGUGGUUGAGAAAAUCGCAGAGGAAGAUUGGCAGGACUUUGAGAUCGCAGGAGAGAGCGCACAAAGAGUGGAAAGAGUAUUGGAUGUGAGACAAGGUCAAUUGUGUUGGGUCGUUGGAACCAUAUACAUGGACAUGCCUCUGAAGCCAAACAUUCUCGAAGACAUUUCCAAGGAACAUUGGAUCGCCGGACCGCCUCCUCGAAGAUCUUAUUUCUCUGCGGACGGCGACACCCAAAUCAUGUUGGAAGACGAGUCUGGCCGCCUUCGAUUGGCUGGUGCCAUGUUGAAAAACACUUUACUUGUGACUGGUGUCAUUGUGGCUGUCUUGGGUACUGAGAACGCUAAUGGCGACUUUGAAGUACUCGACAUUCACAUUCCCGAACUUCCCAGACAACCAACCCGUUACGAACGAGAUGAAAACGAAGACGAGGAUACGAUUAUGGACAUCGACGACCAUCCACACAAGAAAAUCGCAUUAAUAUCAGGUCUCAACAUUUCAGGAACUGAGGCCGACACAUUAUCCCUUUCUCUUCUUUCAGAGUAUCUCCUGGGUGAAUCUCUAACAACGCCCGACCAGACCGCAUCGACCACAGUGACUCGGCUCGUCAUUGCGGGUAAUAGUAUUGCCAGUGAUACUAUCAUCAAUGCACAAGCCAACGAUUCCGUCCAAAAACCCGCCCACACGAAAAAAUACGGCUACGAUGCUACCGCCUAUAAUCCUACCCCAACACAACAUCUGGACGCCUUCCUCUCCGAACUCCUCCCAACCAUUCCCAUCUCCAUAAUGGCAGGUGAACAAGACCCAGCCAAUUCAUCUUUACCUCAACAGCCAAUCCAUCCUGCCAUGUUCCCUUACUCUCGAGCCUAUUGCUCCGCUAACAUCAACGACCCCGACGAAAACGACGAACCUGGUUGGUUCGACUCUAUUACAAACCCAUGGGAUGGUGAUAUUGCCGGUUGGAGAUUCAUGGGCAAUUCAGGACAACCAGUUGACGAUAUUUUGAGAUAUGUCGAUGUCCCUGAGCCAAGUUCUGCAGAUGGUCGGCUUGAAGUUAUGGAAUCGAUGUUACGCUGGCGUUGCAGUGCCCCUACUGCCCCAGAUACAUUAUGGUGUUACCCAUUUCAGGACCGAGAUCGAUUUGUUCUUGAGGCCUGCCCGCAUGUUUUCUUCGUGGGCAAUCAGCCCAAAUUCGAAACCACGGUGAUUGAUGGACCAGGUGGCGCGCAAGUUCGUCUGAUUGCAAUCCCCAAAUUCAGCGAGUCUGGAGAAUUGGUCCUAGUCGAUGCGGAGACUCUGGAAGUCGAAUUGAUCAAGUUUGAUGUUCAUCAAGGCUGAGUUGAG